AUGGCAGCCACUGAAAUUACUUUGGAGCAAUUCACCAAAAUCAAAGAGCUGGAGUUGACGCGGGAAAAUGGCCUGGAGAGGGAGGAGGAGGAAGACGGAGUGUGCAGAGUGAAGGAGCACGGGACCCCUGGUGAGCUGGAGGCUGAGUGUGCCUAUGGGGCCCUCCAGGCCAGGGUCAUGGAAGGAGAGCUGGAGCUGGUGCCGGCCACCUCGGAGGAGAGCGGGAGGCAUAUGCUGUCCCUGCAGACAGUCGACCUCACUUCUGCAGAUGUGGAGCUGCAGGACACUGGCUGGCUGAGCACACAGCAGCAGGAGGGGGUGCAGGUGGUGGUGCAGCAGGCAGGGAGCGGGCUGCCGUGGCUGCUGUGCCUGGGCGAGGGGCCCCAGCAACUCAUGCAGCAGUGUGUGGCCCUUCCUAUCCAGGAAGAGCUGUACUCGCUGCAAGUGGAGGUGGUGCAGUGUCACCUUCUGGAGGAGGAGCUGAUGGUGGCCAGCGAAGACAGUGAGUUAGUGGUGAACCUGGCUGAAAGCACUGGAUUGAUCGAGCUUGAGAAAGGUCAGGAGGAGGACCAGCUGUUGGCUGAAGGAGGGUUUGCUCAGAGAACCGAAGAGCAGACAGCGAGGCCCGGAGAGGAAGGAAGAGACAAUAUUGUUCCAACAAUUUCAAAUUUAAACUUGGAAGAACAAGAAGAUAAACUUACAUCUGAGCAAGAAAAUGUUGAAAAAGCCAAUUCUACAGAAAAUCGAAGAAAGACAAAGGGAGCAAAACAAACCUACCACUGCGAUAGCUGUGUGUUCACCUCUUCUAGAAUGUCAAGUCUUAAUCGCCAUGUGAAAACUCACACCACCAAGAAGCCCCACAUGUGCCACCUUUGCCUGAGAUCUUUCCGCACCGUUACCCUCCUGCGGAAUCACAUCAAUACCCACACAGGAACCAGACCCUAUAAAUGUGACGACUGCGACAUGGCAUUUGUCACCAGUGGAGAACUCGUCCGACACAGGCGUUACAAACAUACUCACGAGAAGCCCUUUAAGUGCUCCCUGUGCAAGUACGCUAGUGUAGAGGCAAGUAAACUGAAGCGCCACAUACGUUCGCACACAGGAGAGUGCCCCUUUCAGUGCCACCUCUGCAGCUACGCCAGCAAAGACAGCUACAAGCUGAAGCGGCACAUGCGAAUACACUCAGGUGAGAAGCCGUACGAAUGUCACAUCUGCCAUGCCCGAUUCACCCAGAGUGGGACCAUGAAAAUACAUGUUCUGCAGAAGCAUAGUGAGAACGUCCCCAAACACCAGUGCCCUCAUUGUGCCACCAUCAUUGCGAGGAAAAGUGACCUGCGUGUCCAUUUGCACAACUUACACACCUACAGCGCCGCAGAGAUGAAGUGCCGCUACUGUUCCGCUGUCUUCCAUGAGCGCUAUCCCCUCAUUCAGCACCAGAGAACUCACAAAAAUGAGAAAAGAUUCAAGUGCGAACACUGCAAUUACACGUGCAAGGAGGAACGUCACAUGACCGUUCAUGUACGUAUCCACACUGGAGAGAAACCAUUUGUCUGUCCUUCCUGUGACAAAGGUUUUCGACAGAAGCCACUUCUAAAUGCUCACUUCAAGAAACACCAUGAUUCAAAUUUCAUCCCGACUGUUUACGAAUGUCCUAAGUGUGGCAAAGGCUUUUCCCGUUGGGUAAGCUUAUUUAAGUCACA